GUGUGACCUGCAGAGCCCAGUGACAGCCUACCGGGGACUUGUGUGACCUGCAGAGCCCAGUGACAGCCUACCGGGGACUUGUGUGACCUGCAGAGCCCCGUGACAGCCUACCGGGGACUUGUGUGACCUGCAGAGCCCCGUGACAGCCUACCGGGGACUUGUGUGACCUGCAGAGCCAUUGACAGCCGCGUCCUGCAGAGCCUACACCAUGUUCCUGUCCCCUGUGUUUGCCCGGGCAGCCCUGGGGCCCUGGCUUCCCCUGUGUGGCCGGGGGGUGGGCGUGGCUGGGGUGCUGGCCUGUAAGGGGGGGCGGCCUGCUUCCUCCUCCUCCUCCUCCCCUGACCACCACUAUGAUAUGGUUGUCUCGGGCGGUGGCCUGGUGGGGUUUGCCAUGGCCUGUGCCCUGGGUCACAAUCAGAGGCUGCGGGAUCUCAGAAUACUGCUGCUGGAGGGGGGACCGAACAAGGCGUGGGAGCUGCCGAAGGAGUACAGUAACCGCGUGUGUGCCCUGAGCGUCCACACCCGCAGGCUCUUCAGGAAGCUUGGGGUGUGGGAGCACAUUGAACACCUGAGGGCCCAGCCUAUUCGGAAAAUGCAGGUGUGGGAGUCCUGCUCCGAGGCCAUGAUCGCCUUUGACGGCCAGGACCAGGACGACGGACUUGUGGCGCACAUUGUGGAGAAUGACGUCACUCUUCACGCCCUCAAGAAGCGGAUUCCUGAGCAUGUGGAGGUUGAGUAUAAUGCUAAAGUGCAAGGCUACGAGCUUCCAAAAGACCUCGGCUCAAAGGUGUUGCUGUCGCUGGCUGAUGGCAGAACUAUAUCUACAGAUCUCUUGAUUGGGGCAGACGGAGCAAGGUCUUUAGUUCGGAGCACCAUGGGUGUCCAGUACGUGGGCUGGGAGUAUGACCAGAUGGGCAUCGUGGCAACACUGCAACUGUCAGAAGCCGUGGACAACACGGUGGCGUGGCAGAGAUUUCUUCCCACCGGGCCCGUUGCUUUACUGCCGCUCUCAGAGGACCGCAGCUCCUUGGUGUGGUCCACCACGCGGGAACAAGCCGCCCACCUGCUGGCACUCCCAGAGGAGGACUUCACAGAAGCUCUCAAUAGAGCAAUAUGGGACGACAGUGACACCGACUCAGUGGUGAAGACGGCACACGAAGCCUGGAUGAGAGUGCUGGAAACCGUGGUGCCCAGUGGCAGUGAGGUGCGCCAGCUGCCCCCCAGCGUGGCGGAGGUGAUGCCAGGCACGCGGGCAGCCUUCCCUCUGGGCCUGGGGCAUGCAGUGCACUAUGUCAGCCCAAGGGUGGCACUCAUUGGGGAUGCAGCACAUCGGGUUCACCCCCUGGCAGGCCAAGGCGUCAACUUGGGCUUUGGGGAUGUUGCCGCUCUUACAAGCUGCCUGGAAAAUGCUGUCCUCCUUGGUGCUCAGCUUGGAGAUGAACAGACACUACACCAGUACGAGAAGGAGCGCCAGAAAUAUAACGUGGCCACAAUGGCUUCGAUUGAUGGACUGUACCGCCUCUACAACUCUUCCUCUCCCCCGCUGGUUCUUCUGAGGUCCCUUGGUCUUUCCACAGUCAAUGCUUUAUCACCCUUGAAGAGACGAAUCAUGCAACAUGCCGAGGGUUGAGGUGGUGUGUGUGUGUGUGUGUGUGUGUGUGUGUGUGUGUGUGUUGCAGAUAAAAAAUUAAGUCCUUCCCAAGAUGUACAGUUUUCAAGAACCUGUGAUCAAAAUAAAUAAAUAAAAGGAAAAACAAAAUCACUAUACCUACUCCCAUCAAUGCAUCAUUUGAAGAGAACGAAUAGUUUUGAUUUCAUUGUUAAAAUUAAUGUCAAACAACUUGGCUACAGAGGAACUGAUGAUGAUGAUGAUGUUAAAAUUAAUGACAAACAACCUUAGCUAUGGAGGAACUAACCAGGAAUGAGAGUCUUGAGGAGAUGAAGCCACUACCAACUCUAUGCACAUUCCACAUUAAUCCUGUAAUGUACCAAGCCACGUGAAAUUAUCCCAAAACUGCUCGCUGGAUCCUCCUUCGUACACCCGUAAAGCACUGGUCAUUGUGCCUCCUUUGAUUCCAUGGCAUGUGAGCUUGAGGAAGUUUAAGUUUAUUUCCCUCCCUUCAUGGCUAGAUUAUUUUCUCAUGUAUUUCAAAGAGUCGACACUUCCCCUCAUUACAAUGCAACAAAUUUGGGCGGCUUUUCUGAUACCCUACGCCCCUGUCCACCCAGCAGUGAAUGGGUACCCGGUAUUAAUCGAGGGUUGUGUCCUAUCUCCUAUAAUUCCUUCCCCUUCUGUCUCUCUCCGGCAUAUGACCACAGAUGUUGCGCCGACUAAACAAAACUUUCCAACUUACAAUGCAACAAGCUGGUCUUACACUGCCACAUUCACAAGUUACAUUCCAUCCUCUCUGGUUCAGUUUGCGUUGUAGUUUGACCAAAUGGAGUUCUGUUUUUCUUUCAGUGGGGCAGCAUCUAGCAGGCCUCUUUGUUCCGGCAUAUGUUUAUUCCCCUUGAGCUGCUUCCCUUGAUGUAAAAAGACAAACAAAAAGAAAAAAAAAGCACCUUGUUGGAGCUACUUACCUGCACCAGCACACACUGUAAACACCUGGGGGAGAUUAACCCGUCCACUGUGAUUGGCACGGAUUUGGCUUACACUGGCAGCCUGUUAACAUAUACUCCCAGGUCUUUCUCUGCCUCUGUGGUGGAUAGUAGAGUGCUGGAUAUCCCCUCCCAAGGUGCAUGACUUUACAUUUUUCUUCAGUGAAUUGUAGCAGCAGCAGUCUUCUUGUAGGAAAUCCACAGUCAAGGGCUUAAGAACAUAGACUAACUUAAGAUGGAAACUCAUCAUUUACGUUGUUUAAAAUUUUUAAUAUAAAUCCACAAUUAUCUUCAACAAAUAUAUAUUAUCAAAUUUGUAUAAAACUGCCAUUAUUGUACUAUUGCAGUUUUUACAUGCUCUCUCUUUGAGUAAGAUAUACUGAUGACUGUUACAGUAGGGAGUGAUUAAAGCUAAUGACCCAUAUAGAA